CCUUACGUCACUAGAGUGAACGGUAUGGGCACGCUGAUUGGUCUGUUGGUCCCUUUGUAUAUUAUAACUUUAUUUGUAAAGUAACAGAAGUAUUUAUAGCCAGUUGUGCUUGGAAAGAAGGAACCGCAUAAUGUGAUCAGACUUGCCUUUAUGGCUGCCGUAAACUUUGAAGAAUUUUCUGUACCGCCUGGGUCUGAGCUUGCUCUUCCACCUCUAUUCGGUGGUAACAUUUUAGAAAGUGAAUUGGAAACAGAGGUUGAGUUUGUAGAUGGCGGCCUUGAUGGCGAUAACAUACAAGAUGAGGAGGAAGAGGAAGCUCAGCAGCGCAUGAGAGAAGUCAGCAAGAGAAAGUUCCUUGCCCUGAAUCGUCGCUGUAAAGAAAUUGAACAGGUCAACGAAAGAAUACUUAACAGACUUCACCAAGUUCAGAAAAUAACACGAAAGCUGAAACAAGAAAGAAGAUGUCUAAUGAAAAUAUUGGACUCUUAUGGAGAUGAUUACAGAAAGAGCCAUCUUACUUUCCUACUUGAGGAUGAAGGAAACCAAGCCUGUAAUUCACCGACCCCAGCAAACUCGGAAAAUGAACCCCCAGAAAAUGAGGACAUAUCAAGGUGUUUAACAGGACCUCCUCUUGGUUUAGAAGCCACCAGUCCAGAAAGCCCACCUCUAGUAGAAGGACCCCCAGCCAAAAAGAGAAAAAAGUUCAAAGAGGAGAAAGACCAUGGAAAAAAGAUAAGCCCAUCUCUUCUUCCAUCAGAGCCACUUCUAGCACAGGUUAAGAUUGAAGAAGAUUAUUUGUGUGACGGAGAUGAGGAGCUUAAUCUUAGUUGGCGUCCUCUCAGCCCACGGGACAAGAUUCUGCAGUACACCAAGUUCUCCAGCCCUGGACCUUGCCCUGAUUUUGAGUGAUGAAUGAAGAAAAUAAUGUGACUAUUGGAAGUGUUGUGCCUCCUAGUACUGGACCACAACCAUUCUACCUAGCAAGAUCUAAUAAGGCGCCUCUGCUGACACACCAGCUACUUACUACUUUGACUAGUCUAAGACAUUUCACCUCCAGCGUAUGGGGAAGUAACACAUUUUUAAGCCCUUUUCAGGCCACCAUUUCAAUACUAAUAGGGUAGAACUAACUGAUUUUAUACUUGCUGUAUGUGUUAAUGUUUACUAUGAAAUGAUUGUAUGUAUACGUUCACAGCUGUUGAGACAAGUGCAUUUCAAUGUUACAUUACAAAGGCUCCAUGAUGUUAUUGAA